UCUUUUUGCAUAACCAUGGAGUCGUUCAAUUUUCUUCUCCUCUCUUUCUCUCUCUUUUUUCUCGCCGCCGUCUCUCUCCUCAUCCUCCGCUCCUCCGCCGCCGCGAGCCGCCGCAAGCGCCACCUCCCGCCGGGGACCUUCGGCCUGCCGUUUCUGGGCGAGACGCUGCAGCUCAUCUCCGCGUACAAGACCGGGAAUCCCGAGCCCUUCGUCGACGAUCGGGUCGGGAAAUACGGCGCCGUUUUCACCACCCACAUCUUCGGCGAGCCGACCGUGUUCUCCGCCGACCCGGAGCUGAACCGGUUCGUCCUCCAGAACGAAGGCCGCCUCUUCGAAGCCAGCUACCCCGCCUCCAUAGCCAAUCUCCUCGGCCGCUAUUCCCUCGUGCUUAUGAGCGGAACCCUUCACAAGAGAAUGCACUCUUUAACUAUGAGCUUCGUGAACUCUUCCACCAUGAAAGACUACCUUUUGCUCGACAUUGACCGGUUGGUUCGACUGAAUAUGGACUCUUGGACCGGCCGGAUUCUCCUCAUGGAAGAAACCAAGAAGAUCACGUUUCAGCUAAUGGUGAAACAGUUGAUGAGUUUUGAUCCGUGUGAGUGGACCGAGAAUUUGAUGAAAGAGUAUAUGCUUGUUAUUGACGGGUUCUUCACCCUCCCUUCGCCUCUCCUCUCCGCCACUUACCGCAGAGCAAUACAGGCUAGGGGAAAGGUUGCGGAGGCCUUGAAUAAAGUGGUGACCGAGAGGAGAAAGGAGAGGGAGUUCGGGGCCGAGAAAAAGAAUGACAUGUUAGAAGCGUUGUUGGAAGGAGAUGGCGGUGCCACGGGAGGCGAUGGCAGUGGUGGCGGCUUCUCCGAUGAGGAAAUUGUGGAUUUCAUCCUAGCAUUGUUGGUGGCCGGGUACGAGACAACCUCGACCAUCAUGACUCUUGCUGUCAAGUUCCUCACUGAGACGCCUCUCGCCUUGGCUCAGCUCAAGAAAGAACACGACGAGAUCAGGUUAAGGAAAGGCGAAAUUCGGGCGCUGGAAUGGGAUGACUACAAGUCCAUGCCUUUUACUCAAUGUGUUAUAAACGAGACACUUCGAGUUGCAAACAUCAUCGGUGGAGUAUUUAGGCGAGCCACAACAGAUGUUAACAUAAAAGGCUACACCAUCCCGAAAGGAUUCAGAAUUUUUGCUUCGUUUCGAGGAGUGCAUCUCGACCAGGAACACUUCACAGAUGCCCGAACCUUUGAUCCCUGGAGGUGGCAGAGUAAUCCCGGGCCGACAAGUUCAAUGACUGCAUACAUGCCAUUCGGUGGAGGGCCAAGGCGCUGUCCAGGCUACGAGCUUGCCCGAGUAGAGCUCUCUGUCUUCCUCCACCACCUGAUCACGCGUUUCAGUUGGGCGCCUGCUGAAGAGGACAAGUUGGUUUUUUUCCCAACAACGCGAAUGAUAAAACGGUACCCAAUUAUAGUUCAAAAUCGAAGCAUUUCUAUGAACACAGAAUGAUCCCGAGGCGUUUAUGGAGGAGAGAAACAUGAUCAGUAAGUGUAGGAAGCAGAGUUAGUCUACAAAUGGUACUAAGGCUGAAUUAUCUUAUAUGAGGAUGAAGCUUAGAAAA